UAUAGGAUAUAACAUAUAGACAUGCCUUUUUCUAUUCUUUACAAAUUUCAUGAAAUAUAGCAUAAGAUCUAAAAACACUCUUUGCUACUUAAAUUUAAAAUUCAUUUUCUCCUUCAAUGAUUUUCAUUCAUUAUUAUUGGCUGAGUAACUUGAAUUAGAAAGAUGGUGCUGAUUAUUGAUAAGUAUUAUUUGAACCAAUAACAGCUUUACUUUAUAUCAAUAUAAAAGGUCCUUGAUCAUCAAGCCUAACAUGGGAUUUGGGUCUGGGUUUUCUGACACAAUCCUUGAAAUGCACCUUCUGUUAGCUAUAAGUACAUAAAUACAUGUUAAUACUACCAGUUUUUAAUUGGCAGAUAUCUUAAGACAUUUCUAGAAGGGGGGUUGCUAAGUUGAGGUAUGGGGAAGUGUGCAAAAACAAGGAGUUUGCAGCCAUGUAUGGGUGCUAGGAUGGCAAAGUUACUGAUUUGUUUGCAAAUAAAGGAUGGCUCACCUACUCUGUAGGCAAAUACUGACAAGAGGGGCAUAUACCAUAAAUGCAAUGGGGAAAGGGCACUGAAAUGUAAUGUUAAGAAAAACAUUUCAUGCAGCAAAGCGUUCUAAUUAGGAUAAAAUCAUGUGAAAUUCUCAAUUUAUAAGUCGUGAUCUUUUUCUAAGGGUCAGGGUUUAUAAAAUGUUUUCCUGACCAGCACCAGACGCUAUAACGCUAUAUCUGUAAUAACGUUUGUCCCAGGCUCCAGUAUUGGUCACUACGUCAUUUAACCCAUUGAGCUCUAAAUAAAAGCUAUUCAACAGGCUGAUAACGACUAAAACGGGCCUCCUGAGGGCAUUAAAAGAUGUUAUUAACAAAUCUUUGAUUUUGAAUCCUCUAGAGGCAGUUUAAGGGGAUAGUAGAACAUUUACAUUUUGUUAAAGGGAAUUGUUUUGCUUAUUGAAUCAUUCAAUUACCUCCAUUGUUUUCUCUGUUAAAAUGAAGGAGGUAGUUUCGAUGUUUACGGAAUAGACGCAAAUUUUUUCUGUCUUUUAUUGAUUUUUUUGGUGCAAUUACUAGCAUGAGCUGGUACAAAUCUGUAAAGAAAACAAAAUAUCGCUUUUUUAAACGUAUUUUGAUUUUCACAAUCUACAUGUUUGCGGGAGGACUUAUCAUUAUGUACUUGGAAUCGAAGGAAACGAAAGGUAUUUUGCCGCCCCUUGCUGAAUUGCAAGUUCUGAAAGUCAAGGUUGCUAAAGCAUUAAAUGCAACAAGUAAAGAGGUUGAUGACUUGUUUUCGAAGUUGGUUAAUGCUAUGGAAUCCAGUGGUUUUUCCGAGCCCUACAAGUGGGAUUUUUAUGAAUCGUGUUUUUACGUUGGAUCACUGCUGACAACUAUCGGCUAUGGGCACAUAACACCAUCGACCAUUCGUGGCCGGGCGUUCUCGAUAAUAUAUAGUUUGGUUGGCAUACCGUUGACCUUGCUUGUUAUCCGAGACCUCAGUAACAUAAUUACGAAUUGCGUGCACAAAACGACCAUCAAGCUACUGAUUUUCUUCGACCGCCAUGGAAACUCUAGCGAUAACAGAAACAGCAACUCUGGUGCAAGUGACCACGUCAUGUUGCGUAAACUGAGUCGAAACAUAACGUCGCCAUUACUUAGUAAUUAUGCAACCUCUGUCAAAGUUCUUUCCAUCAUAGUUCUAUUUCUUCUUGUUGUGAUUUUCUUGCUCGUCUCAGCCCUAAUGCGCGUAUAUGCCGAAGGUUGGACAUUCUUCGAGGGCUUUUAUUUUUGGUAUAUUACGCUGACAACAAUAGGCUUUGGUGACUACGUGCCGUAUGAUGGAAAAAAGCCGCCCAGUGAUUUUCUGGUUGUUAUCUACUAUUUUGGAACAUUUUACCUUCUGCUCGGCCUGUCUCUUGUGGCAAGUCUAAUUCAAUGCAUCGUCGUACUUCUUCAGGGUAGAUUGCCUUCAGUGAAGCCAUCCCGCUCAUCCGGUACAACUCGCUUUCGCUCGUCGAUAUCCAGGAAUUUUUGCCGCCAUUGUGCAAGUGCAACUCUCCCAACUCUAAUGCCACGCCGCAUCUCCUUCGCCGAAGAAGACUUUACCCGGCUCACGGUGGACAACAAAAUUCCUCGUUCCAAUCCGCCACCAACUGUCAAUCUCUGCAUUACAGCUGCAGUCUGUGGAGGCGCUUUAAAUGGUUUACUCUUUCAGCCGUGCCAAUCAACCCAUUCGUCUUUGGGUCUGUCCGAAAAGGCCAUCGAAAAAGCUUCAGCGAAAGCGGUGUGUUCACAUGAACCCGAGGAAUCUGAAUCAGCAAACAGCUCAGGUUUUGCAGUUGAUGGAGGAGCUAAUCCAGCGUACACUCUGUCCCAAAUCCAUUCGGAGAGUAUUCGAGAUUCUUUUCACAGAGGCUUUGAUCAGAAUAUAAACUGUGCUGAAAAUUAGAACUUUAAACGUUUUUAAAAACUUCCUUUUGUUGUACACAU